AUGUUCCACCAACAACCGCCUUCGACGGCUCGCACAACCAACCGAAAGAAAAGUCACCAACAUCACGAAUCCAAGAUAUGGGUACGCCUUCCAGCGAACGAGCAAUGCCUCAAGUGCUAUCCAGUCCGAAGGCCGUUCCUUGAGACGGCUUUCGGCAAAUUACCGCCAGAAAUUCGUGCCAACAUCUUCAAAGACGUGCUUACAGUCGGGUCUCUAUCACCGCUGAAGGACCGCAUAUCGGUUCCAAUGAUCAAGCCCCAACACAGCCCACAACCCCAGCUCCCAGGAUGCCCAGCGGGGCCAGCAUCAUGUCUUGCCCUCCUACAGACAUGCAGGCAAAUAUACCACGAAACUUCGCUCCUAUUCUACACUCUCAACACGAUCCAUCUCGCCAAACCUCAAGACAUGCUCUCAUUCCUGUGCCAUCUCAGAACAGAGCGUUGCGGAAAACUUAGAUGUUUGCACCUCGGAGACAUGCUUGUGCCGGUGCUACGAUGGUCUCAAACUUGCCUGGAUGAUCUUCGAUCUCAGCACGGUUUGCCCGAACACACUCCCGCCCAGCGCGCCUCCUUAGGCAGGAUUCAGAUGCACCCGGACGCCGAGAAAGCAGUGCAGCUGCUCAACAAGCACGGCAACCUCCGGAAGCUGUAUCUGGAUAUGAGACCUUCUCAAGCUCUGGAAUACAUCAAGCUGUGUACGCAGGUACCCGGUUUCAAGAACAGAGAAAUUGUAUUUGCGUCUCCAACCCGUUGGUCCGUGAUGGUUUCGUCUACUUGGGAGGUGUCGUGGUUUGAUACGUUUCUUGAAAAUAGUGUGAAAGAUCCACUCCGGAACAAGACUUACUAUGCGUACUGGGUAGGGAAUGAGAAGUACCGUGUCGAGGUGGACAUACUUCCGGAGUUGCCAGAAAGGAGAACCAACGAUGAUGCUAGCUUGGGUUAUGAUCGCUCUAUGGAUGGUGAGGUUGGAGACGGCAGCGGUGUGAGUACAGCAAUAGAGAGUCUCAGUCUCUCCUGA